CGCCAUGACGACGGCGGACGCCCAGGCGGCAGCAUGGCCACCUACAGACCCGGGGUGCUCAUCGGCAACUGGAACGAGGACUCGAGUUUAGGGGAGGACGUCUUGAGGGAUUUUCUGCAUAAAAGAGAACGAGGAGAACUUCUAACGCAGAAAAUAAACAGACUUCAAGAUAAUCUUUUAAGGAAGAUACACCUGUCAGUGUCUAAGGAUGGAUUUGUUCAUUUUGGAGACACAGUGAUGCUUUUGAACACCGACGACAAACCCUCAGUGGAGAAUCGCCGUGGCGUGUGUGGCAGUCUGACCUUGGCAAUUAAUCUGGAUGAACUGUCCAUAUUUUCACCUCUACCAUUGCAAACCCUUCAUGGAGUUAGUGCAAUCACGAGUGUGGCCCCUGUGGGUAGAAAUACUUUCUGUAUUUUAAGUGUAGAUGGAAGUACAGAGGGUGAACCAAUCAAAUUUGGGCAAACCUUUGGUCUUGGGACAACAGGAGGGUUUUCUGGCCAAAUGUUGUAUCUAGCAAGUGACCAUAAAUCAUUCACAAGAUUUGCUAAAAAAUCUUACCUUCAGCAAGUAUUUUUGACAGACGAGCUUUCCUAUUUGACCCGCUGGCAAGCUGCAUUCUUGGAUCCACAGCUGCGUCUUGAACAUGAAGGAUUUCCAGUUCCUGCAAACUCCAAAAUCAUUAUUACUCAUUGCCAAACUAAUCGCAGCUUAGCUGUUCCAAGGAACUUUUGGACAAGGUCUUAUUUUGGAAGAGAAUAUGAAGUAAUUUGUCACACUUUUCUGGACACCCAUAAGGCUGAAGAAGAUAAGAAUUACUGGGAAAUUAUUACAGGAGAUCCCAGUGAUGAGGAUAGUACAAUGAUUGAUAGGCUCAACCAUCCACCAGGGUGGAUCAGAAGGAAUGAGCCUUGUGAAGAGGCAUAGAAUAAAAAAGUCCUAGCCUACAGCCAACAGAAGUCGGUGAGAUUCUGGUUCUUGGGUUUUCUGUUCAGAUUUUAGAGAUGUUUGUUUUAAAAAUGGAAACGAAAGUCUACCAUAAAUAAUAUUGCACAAUCUCAUCAUGGUUAUACAGUGGGCAAAAACUAACAGAAUUUUACAAAUCAUGCAGAACAUUAAAAAUUCAUGAACUGGGAAGGGUUCAUUUUCCCAUUUUCACAUUCACUGAUGGCAAAAAAUGUCAAAAUCAAGGAAAUCUAAUAUAUUUUCACUAAAUUGCUGGCUUUCAGAGGGUAUUUAACCAAUUCUUCCAAAACCAAUCCAGUGUCACACUUUUUAAAAGGAUGAGUGUACAGUUUCCAAAACACUGAAGACCAAACUCAGGAGCUGUCAUGGGAUACUUUGACAUUUAAAGUUCAUCUGAAAGAAAGCUGGUUGUUGAGCUUGUUCCACGCUCUGUCUAGCACAAUGUUGUGAAUUAUUAAAAAAUCACAAGUGAGCUCUAUCUCAAGAUUGGCUUCCAAUUUAUGGAAAUGAAUUUAAAAAGCGUAUAAAUUGAUUUUUUUAUGUUUGGCCAUGUAUCCUAAACAUUUAAAUGCCAAGUGAUCAAGAACUUGAGCACAGUGAUACAAACUAGAGACUUCUGUCAGCCUUUUCCAUCCAUCACCAUGUUCCAUUUGCUUCCCACCCACAGAAUUUUUCAAUUCAUAAUCACUUCUACCAAGUCUGACAGCAAGGUAAAAUUGUUAAAGAAAAUUAAGCCCCUACAAGUCUCAUGAAAAUAUAUGCUAAAGUAGAAAAAGAAUAAGAGGCACUGUAAGUUUGUCCAGUCAGAAAAAGAUUGCAGUCUAUGUUCAUACCUAAUUAGACGCUAGAGGAUACACAUGAAAAAAAAUGGCCCAAGAAUGGUAAAUUGCAGCUGGAAAUCAUGUUUUUUUUAAACGAGAAAAUCAACCAAGCAUGAGAUGCAAAGACAUGGAAAACAGAUGUCAUUACUUCAUAGUUACCUGCCUUUGUAUGGAAGCUGAAACAGCAUCACAGAGAAUCUUAAUGUAUGACAUUCCAUUAUAUCCAUUUAGUAAAGCCACAUGUAUACGUAUUCCAUUUCUUACUGUACUACAAGAGUGGGCUCUUUCAGCACAAAAUAAGUGAUUUUCUGAGUAAAAUACUACAUAAAUCUCAAAAAGGGUUCAAAAGAUCAUCAAUGUUCAUAAAGAUCAAAUAAAACUUAAGUUUUACCAAAACAAAACCACUAAAUUUUCACAAAAGAAGGGACUGGUCCAAACAUGUCUCCAAGCUUCCUUCCCAGAUAGGCUGUUUCAAAUCCACUGGCAAGGCUUUAAAAGCUCCUGCCUUUAGUCAAUAUAAAUUAACUCAGCAGACUGCAGGAUUGGCUAAAUAGCACUUGGCAUAAAGGGUCUCAAGAGGAGGAGACAGAUCACGGUUCUGUGACAUGCAGAUUUGCUUUGGGGGAGUGUAUCACAGAGGACAGGUUUUCAGUCACAGUCCUCAUGUACAAACCUCUACAGGUCUGUUGUAGAUGGGGUAUUAUAGAGGAAAUUAGGAACUUUUUAUUUCACUUUUUAUGUAAAUAUAUGAAACCUGACAUCUGACAAAUUAUGCAUGUUUUUAUAGAGGCACUGUUACUACUCGAAUUUACAGAGAUUAAAAUUCUGCACGUUUUCAUAAUAGAUUGCCAUAAUUCUGCUUUGAUUUUGUAGGUAUUAAAGUAGAACAACUUUGGCUGUGUGAGUACACUGCAGUGUUUCUAAUUUGACUGUUGUGGGCAUUUAUUGGUGUUAGGGAUAGCCAUUUCAAAUCUGGCAAAGUCUCUUUCCUCUGGGUUAAAUGUAAGAAACAAGGAGAGGCCUUAAACCAAAACCAUGGCUGAAACAAAGCUUCCUGUGAACUCAUGAAGGAAUGAUGAGAGCUGUGUGGGCAGAAUGCCUUGGCCAUGGAUAGGAGCGGUUGUGUGCAUGCAUUUGUGUGGGACAGAAGCAAUGUGGGCUGUACAAAACCAAGUUUUGUAAAGUCUUAGCGGAAAACCAAAUAGAUAAACAGAUACAGAAGUAGGUAAUGUUGGAAUUUGGUGCUGACUAAGAAUGGUUUGGAGGCUCGUGUGUUUGAUUUGAUC